UCAUUUGCAUGAUGACUGAUAUAUGGGAGGUUUGGAAGGACAUAUGCCACAGCAAUCAUGUGAUGAAAAUUAAAGUGAAAGUUUUGGGCCCAGAGCCGAAAAAAAUCUGUGUGUGCGCAUGAGGCUGUUGAUGUGCAAAUGUGAAUCAUAUUGAGAAGGUCUGAAUAGGGAGGUGUGACGUAAGGAGGGGACACAAACGCAGGUGCUUAUCUCCGAGCAGUCAGAGGCACUGGAUGUCAUAUCAUGGGAACUACCUUUCAAAGAAACAGCUUUAGUGUUUCCGUUCGGCACACCAGGGAGGAGAGAAAUAGAAGUUUUGGAAACAAACAAAAAAGAGCGAUGGGAACUCUCCCGUUCAGAUCCAGUAGCUUUUAGGGAAGAUGGAGGCAGAGGCUGAAGAUAAAACACGGUGUACAAGCUCUAAAGGAACUGAGGUGCCAAUGGAAUCACUAAUCCAGGAGCUCAGUGUUGCCUGUGAUUGCUCCAUGGCAAAGAAGAGGAGAGCUGAAGAUCAGGCUUUGGGAGUCCCAGUCAACAAAAGGAAAUCCCUGCUAAUGAAGCCCCGACACUACAGCCCAAACACGGACUGCCAAGAAGACCGUGGCGACAGGACGGAGGACGAUGGCCCGCUGGAAACACACGAUCACUCUACCACAGAGGAAAUCGUGAUAAAAUCUAUGGAUGAAAGUCUUCUUUCAACUCCACAAGAAAACUCCAGUAGGAAGGAAGACAGAUACUCUUGUUAUCAGGAGCUCGUGGUCAAGUCUUUAAUGCACUUGGGGAAAUUUGAAAAAAAUGUAUCUGUUCAGACCAUAAGUGAAAACUUAAAUGACAGUGGCAUCCAGUGUUUAAGAGCAGAGAGUGACGAAGCAGAAGAAUGCUUUCUGAUUCAUUCUGAUGAUGGAAGAGACAAGAUCGAGGACUCUCAGCCACCGUUCUGCUCCUCUGAUGACAGUGAAAGUCACUCGGAAAGUGCGGAAAAUGGCUGGGACAGUGGCUCCAACUUCUCAGAAGAAACCAAACCACCUGGGGCCCCAAAGUACGUUUUAACAGACCAUAAAAAAGACCUGUUGGAAGUUCCUGAAAUAAAAACUGAAGGUGACAAGUUUAUCCCUUGCGAGAACAGGUGUGAUCCUGAAACAGAAAGGAAAGACCCUCAGAAUGCUCACGCGGAACCUCUGGAUGGCAGUGCCCGGCCCUCAUUCCCCGAUGCUGGCGAGGAAGACAGCGAGAGCCUGGCAGCAAUGACGGAGGAGUCUAAAGACCUGGAAAAGGCCAAGGGGAACUUAAGUUUGCUGGAGCAGGCAAUCGCUCUGCAGGCUGAGCGAGGCUGUGUUUUCCGUAACACCUACAAAGAGCUCGACAGGUUCCUGCUGGAGCACCUAGCCAGGGAAAGGAGGCAAACCAAAGUCGUUGACGUGGGUGGAAGACAAAUCUUUAACAAUAAACAUUCACCGAGGCCUGAAAAGAGGGAGACCAAGUGCCCCAUCCCUGGGUGCGAUGGCACAGGACAUGUGACGGGGCUCUACCCCCACCACCGCAGCCUUUCGGGGUGCCCCCACAAAGUGCGGGUUCCCCUGGAAAUUCUUGCCAUGCAUGAAAAUGUGCUCAAGUGUCCCACGCCGGGAUGCACAGGAAGGGGUCAUGUGAACAGCAACCGUAACACCCACAGGAGUCUUUCUGGUUGUCCAAUUGCUGCAGCUGAGAAAUUGGCCAUGUCCCAGGAUAAAAAUCACCUUGAUUCUCCCCAAACUGGGCAGUGUCCUGACCAGGCCCACAGGACAAGCUUGGUGAAACAAAUUGAAUUCAAUUUCCCGUCACAAGCCAUCACCUCUUCCAGAGCCACAGUGUCAAAAGAACAGGAAAAGUUUGGAAAAGUACCAUUUGAUUAUGCCAGUUUUGAUGCCCAAGUCUUUGGUAAACGCCCUCUCAUACAAACAGGGCAAGGACGAAAAACACCACCAUUUCCUGAAUCAAAGCAUUUUUCAAAUCCAGUGAAAUUUCCUAAUCGACUGCCUAGCGCAGACGCCCACACCCAGAGCCCUAGCCGUGCCAGCUCUUAUAGCUACGGUCAAUGUAGUGAAGACACCCACAUAGCAGCAGCUGCUGCCAUCCUGAACCUUUCCACCCGCUGCAGGGAAGCCACAGACAUCCUCUCCAACAAGCCACAGAGUCUGCAUGCCAAGGGAGCCGAAAUAGACGUGGAUGAAAAUGGCACAUUGGACUUAAGCAUGAAAAAAAAUCGAAUCCUGGACAAGGCUGCACCCCUAACUUCCUCUAAUACUUCUAUUCCAACUCCUUCCUCUUCCCCAUUCAAAACAAGCAGCAUUCUGCUCAAUGCGGCAUUCUAUCAGGCUCUUUGUGACCAAGAGGGCUGGGACACUCCUAUCAACUAUAGCAAAACCCACGGGAAGACAGAGGAGGAGAAAGAGAAAGACCCAGUGAGCUCUCUAGAAAAUUUAGAGGAAAAAAAGUAUCCUGGAGAGACCUCUAUACCAAGCCCCAAACCCAAGCUUCACGCAAGAGAUCUCAAAAAGGAACUAAUCACCUGCCCAACGCCUGGAUGUGAUGGGAGUGGCCACGUGACAGGAAACUAUGCAUCUCAUCGCAGUGUUUCUGGAUGUCCUUUGGCAGAUAAGACUCUGAAAUCCCUCAUGGCUGCCAACUCUCAGGAGCUUAGGUGUCCAACCCCAGGCUGCGAUGGCUCGGGGCACGUGACUGGAAACUAUGCUUCCCACAGAAGCCUGUCGGGAUGCCCUCGUGCAAGGAAAGGUGGUGUCAAAAUGACCCCGACCAAGGAAGAGAAAGAAGACCCUGAAAUGAAAUGUCCUGUGAUAGGGUGUGAUGGCCAAGGUCACAUAUCAGGUAAAUACACGUCACAUCGCACAGCUUCCGGCUGUCCCCUGGCUGCCAAGAGACAGAAGGAGAACCCUCUCAAUGGAACCUCCCUCUCCUGGAAACUGAACAAGCAAGAGCUCCCACAUUGUCCUUUGCCAGGCUGCAAUGGGCUGGGCCAUGUAAAUAAUGUUUUUGUCACCCACCGAAGCUUAUCUGGAUGUCCUCUCAAUGCGCAAGCUAUCAAAAAGGGCAAGGUUUCUGAAGAACUCAUGAGCAUGAAGCUGAAAGCCACUGGGGGAAUAGAGAGUGAUGAGGAAAUUAGACAUUUGGAUGAGGAAAUAAAGGAACUGAAUGAAUCCAACCUGAAAAUUGAAGCAGAUAUGAUGAAACUUCAGACCCAGAUCACGUCUAUGGAGAGCAACUUAAAGACGAUAGAGGAGGAGAACAAACUCAUAGAACAGAACAAUGAGAGUCUGCUGAAAGAGCUGGCGGGUCUGAGCCAAGCUCUCAUUUCAAGCCUCGCCGACAUCCAGCUUCCACAGAUGGGACCUAUCAGUGAGCAGAAUUUUGAAGCAUAUGUAAAUACACUCACAGACAUGUACAGCAAUCUGGAACGGGACUAUUCCCCGGAAUGCAAAGCGCUGCUGGAAAGUAUCAAACAGGCAGUGAAGGGCAUCCAUGUGUAGGAUCACAGCGCUGCCGGGCAACGGAAAUUACCCACAGCAGUGAACUCCAGAUGGAUCCGUCAGAGGUUCGCAUACUGCUAAGGCGCGGAGGUUGCCGUACUGCAUUUACACCUGCAACAUUGCACUAAUUUUAUUUUCCCCAGCUGACAUAAAAAGGAAAGAAAAACUAUGAUAGACUUCUCGGAUUAAAUGCAAUGCAGGCAAUUAUUAGAUCUUAUUUAUUUUCAUAUGUUUUUCUUUUAUUUCCUCGUGGUACUCUUUUUUGUAAAGUAUAUGUAAAAUAAAUGUGACAUUUUUAUAAUUUAUUUAUUACUAAUCAAAGAGUUUUUUAUCUUUUAACUGCAUUUUGAAGUCUGCCGUAUUUUUACAAGUGUGUGUAUUAAUUUAUUUUCCAAUGGGAUUUAAAUGGAAAUGCUCUUCUCAACACAUCUUUCUUGCUGGGUUUUAAUGAGGAGAAGGAAAGGGUGAAGGAAACCCUUGUCUGAGGACUGCACUAUGGCUGAGUUUGAUUUUUAUUGCACGCUUCUUCCCCCACCUCUCACUGGUUUUUGUAUUGAUAAAUGAGUUUGCGGGAAGCUGAGCCGCACGAAAGGAAUAAGAAGACAAACGGCGCCCACUAGUGGGGAAUCCGCACCCACAAAAGCACGGGAUGCUGGAAAACAGCCUGCUCAGAGUUUGUUAGCAAUAAUUAAAUACAGCAAUCAGCAAAGUAUUCGACUUGGCUGGGCGGUUUUCGUUAAUAUGAAUUAUUUAUUUGAAAUGUUUUAAAGAAACAUAAGCUUUUCUUAGUGAUGCUGAUUUGUCUGUUUUUCAAGUCAUAUCAGAUCGUUGGCAACUCAUAUCCCAAGAUGAAAAAUAAGACUUGGUGUGGCCAGCCAGGCUUUCCUGCCAUAUGUUGGUACAAUAUACAAGUGACAAUAUUGGUGUAUAUUUGUACUUAGCAAAUACAAACACAUCCAAAUGAAAAAUUUUGUAGAUACCAUAUCCCCUGAAAUAGCAUUUAUCUUACUGGGUUGACUAGAAAGGAACGGAAAAUAUAGUAACACAUAAAAAAAUUGCUACUCCAAUCUGAGUGAUUACUUAAAACACAGGGAACGUGGGUCUCACCCUCCAUGAGAAACAAGGCAACAUUCAAUUUGAUAAAAAUCUUGCCAUAGAACUUCAAGUGUUGCAAAAUACACACACACACACACACACACACACACACAGGCAUAGUCACACACAGGCAUACACACACACUCAUCCACACAUGGAAUUGAGCCCACAAUCUUGAAUUUCUGAAUGGAUCAGAGUUUCAUAGUUGCUAUAGUAAAGGCAAUGUCUAUUUCAGGGAUUGUAAAGUAGUUAAGCAUUGUUUCAAAAGUUUUUUUAUAUUUAUUUUUUUUAAGGAAAAGGUAUAGACAACCAGCUAAACUGCCUUUUUGGUGUGCACACACAUGUCAUGUGCAGACGUGCCUCUGUGUAAAUGUACACAUGGACUUAGUGUGGGCUUAAUUUUCUGUGCUAUAAACAAAAGUGUUUAUUUUUUAUUAACCUCAUGGAUAUUUAGAUGGAACGUGAUGGCAUUCACAGGCUUGAUAUAUUCCACUGUUAUUACUGUAACCUGCACAAAUGAAAAACGAUAUUCAACAGUAAUUCCACGCCCAUGAAACUGUGGUCACCGUUAUGCAUUAAGUUUAUCUUUGGUUUGGAGUUCAUCUGAACCCUUGAAUCUUAGUUUAGUGAGGAUGAAAUGUCUGUUCUUAGGUAGGAACGGUGUUUAUUUAAAAAUCAGUUUUAAAAAUGAGCUACCAUCUGUGCUGUCUAUUAUAAAUGGGACACCAAACAAGAUUUACUAUUGCAGUUAUGUACUUGCAAACAUUUUGCUAUACAGUACUUCAUAGUUGCAUACAAAUGAGUUCACUUAUUACAAAGACAAACGUUUAAUUUGCUAGAUAUUUUAACAAGUUUGUUAUAUAUUUUAUUUAAUUUAAAAGAAAUCUCUUACCAACCUACAUAUUUAUUACUAUAAUUUACUAUGACUUCAGGUUAAUUUAUUUGUGUUUGCGUAGUUUGAGCAGGAUGCUUUGUGAAGUAUGUUUGUAUUUAUUUGCCUCCUUUGUACUUGAUGUGUUUUGAAACGUGCACUGAAUUUGUUUUCUUUUCAACUCUGUUAAUGAUCAAUACUGUAAAUUGGGUCUGUUGUAAACGACAGAAAAGGCAAUGAUGUAUGCAUUUUUUUAAUUUGAAGUAGCUUGUUUGUAUACUGUUUCUCCAAACACUUAAUAUUUCUUACAUCAAAGCAACAAAAUCGUGUUCAGUGCUGUACAUUUGGUGUAUGGUAGGAAAUAAAAAUUGAUAACGA